AUGACGUUCUGCUUCGAAUGGCGUAAAAACAUGAAAAAGGGCUUAACACUUGUUCAAGUUGACCCUAGGAAGAAUCAUUACCAAUCAAACUCAACAUUGAAUUCAAAUGUUACUGUUGUAACGGCAUACUUUGAUCUUGGAACAUUUCGGAAAGGACAAUCAGGAACAUACUUUACGAGGGAUAUGUAUCAUAAUUGGGCGAGAAUUUUUCGACACGUCAAAAAUCCAAUGGUGAUCUUGACAGAUUCUGAAUUUUUCAAAUUACACAUGACGGCUAUAAGGAAUGAAUCUUUGAUGUCAACAAAAAUAGUCCUCUUAAAAAGGUCUUCAUCCUGGGCGUUUCAGAAUAUCGAUAAGAUAAAGAAAAUAUUUGAAUCUAGUACGUAUCCAAAACACUAUCCGAAUACUGUUGUACCUGCUUACGUAUGCGCACAACAUGCCAAGUAUGACAUGGUUGAACGUGCGGCGAAGAUGAAUACUUUCAAUACAACCUAUUACAUGUGGAUUGAUAUAGGAUACUUCAGAAACCGGAAAUCAGAGAAUAAUUUUUACCUGUCCAAGCCACCCAGUUUUGAUGACACAAAAAUUGCAUUCAAUCUUAUAAACUCGAAACUAAAAUUCGACAGAAGUCCAGCAAUAAUCAUGAAACAAAAUCUUGUUUUAUUAGGCGGAGGUUUAUUUUUUGGUAAACGAGAUUAUGUAAUUAAAUUUGCCGCACAAUUCGAGGAUGCUGUUGAUUUCUUUAUAUCACAAGGAUUAUCUAAUACGGAUCAACAAGUCAUUUACGCCAUGUUUUCAAAGACCGGAAGGAAAAUUUUAAAACCGGAAGUAGAACUUCAAGUUUACACGCCACCACGCGAUAAUGACUGGUUUUACCUAGGAACAAUAAUGAUACAGGAAUAA